GGCGGGAUGAGCCCCAGGAUAUCCUCCGUGAGCAAGCCACAUCGUCCUCCUUCUGGGCUUUCAGGCGCUUGGGGCUGCCGGGCUCUCCCGAAGGCCACGCAGAGCUCUGAGCUGGUCGGCUGGAGGGGGCCACAUGGCCGGGCUCCCGGAGGCAGCUGCGCUUGCUGGGACACCCUUCCGACGUGCUGCUCCAGUUGUACUUGACCUUGCGCCUCUCGGACGCCAUGGGCACCUGCAAGUUCUCAAGGUUUCAGAGAUGCCGAACCGUGUGGGAGAAGUCAAAACGAUUCAAAAUUUACUAAAGGCUUCCGUUGGUUCCCAAGCCCACAACGUGCUUCUGAGCUCACCCACCGCUUCACUUUGUACAGCGCUACUUCGGAGAUGCCUAAGCGCUUCCGGGGCUACAAAGCGCUUUGAUCAGUUUGCAAUAUAAAGCCCUUCAGAACUGCCAAAGCGCUUCAAGGUCCACACAUGGCUGCCGCACCAGCAGCCCAGGGGCCGGCGCUUAGCCCGGAGGCCAGGGCCAGACCCGGCGCCGCAGCCCGCCCAGCUCUCGCGGCCCGAGCAGCCCCGGGCCGGAAGGGGCCCGAGCUGCCCCUCGGGAGCUGGCUGCGCCCCCGUCUGCCGGCUCAGGACGGCCUGCCGGGCUGCCGCCGCUGUACCGCAGGGCAACUCGCCGCCGACCCCAGCCCUACAACCCUCCCGCCGGGCCCCCGCCUGAGCUGCGACCACCCCGGCCUCCUCGGCGUCCGCCGUCCGGAACCAGCCCUGCGGCCCGCAGGCCGGAGAGCGGUGGGGGCGGGACCUGCGCCGAACGGAAGGCGCCCAUUGCUCUACCCGCCAAGGGGCGGGACUCCGAGAGAGAUAGAGCCCGCCUUUUGGCCAAGAGGCUUGGAGGCGGGACGGAAGCCUUAGGAAACUCGUCCAUUGGUCAGAAGCCAGAUAGGGCGGAGCCGCUCACGUGGGCUAGAACAGCGGGAAGCUGAGGCGAGCAAGAGGUGCAGGCGGGCGGCGUCUGCGGAUGCGCCUCAUCCUGAGGCUGCUGGCCUCAGCGCCCGCACCUGUGCCGGAGCCUUUCAGACCUGGAUUCGCUCAUCGAACCCACGCUAAACCGUGCGUGCUGAGCCUUACGACCCCACAUUAUAAGCAGAAAACUGUGGCUCAGAGAGACCAAGUGAGACACCCAGAAAGGGGAAGAAUUAGAAGGCACC